CCAGCUCCUUCACACGGUACUUCCCAAGCUCCAAGUGGAACCACCACUCAAGCUCCAGCUGGUUCUUCAACCACUUUACAAACUUCAGCUACUGUCCCAGGUUCAAGUUCUGGUCCAGCUUCUGUUGAAAUUCAAAGUUCAAAUGGUGCUGGCUCUUUACAAAAAGCUAUUGGUGGUUCAAUCGCUGGUUUGAUUGCUGCUGUUGCUUAUCUAUUCUAA